UCAUUCCAUCACUAGAUCUCUCUUUCACCGUCGUCUUUUCUCAGCAGCAGCUAUGGUUUCCCCCACCAAACUCAAAUCUGUUGAUUUCUACAGAAAAAUCCCGAGAGAUUUGACAGAGGCAUCUUUCUCUGGCGCUGGCUUAUCCAUCGUAGCUGCUCUCGUUAUGAUGCUUCUCUUUGGAAUGGAGCUGAGUAGUUAUUUGGAAGUCACCACUACAACAGCUGUCGUUGUUGACAUGAGCUCUGAUGGGGACUUCUUACGCAUUGAUUUCAACAUCAGCUUUCCUGCCCUUUCUUGUGAAUUUGCAUCCCUUGACGUGAGUGACGCGUUAGGAACAAACAGGUUGAAUAUAACAAAAACAGUUCGCAAGUUUCCAAUUGAUCCGCAUUUAAAGACCACCGGUGGAGAGUUCCACUCUGGCCUUGCAUCACAUCACAUCAACCAUGGAGAAGAGAUUAAGCAAGAGUUUCCUGAUGGUGCAAUACAAUUAACCAAUGGUGGUUUUGAAUCAUUGUCACACCACUUUCCAUUAUUGAUCGUUAACUUUAAUGCACCAUGGUGUUACUGGAGUAAUCGUCUGAAACCGUCUUGGGAGAAAGCAGCUACCAUUAUAAAACAGAGAUAUGAUCCUGACACUGAUGGGCGUGUUCUUCUAGGAAGUGUUGAUUGCACAGAAGAACCUGCGCUAUGUAGGAGGAACCAUAUACAAGGCUAUCCAUCUAUUCGGAUUUUCCGCAAAGGCAGUGAACUUAAAGAGGACCAUGGACACCACGAACAUGAAUCUUACUAUGGAGAUCGGGACACAGAGAGUAUCGUUAAGAUGGUGGAUGAACUGGUAGUACCAAUCCACCCGGAGACACACAAGCUAGCUUUGGAUUGGGGUGUAUCCAAUGACACAGCAAAACUUCUUAAAAAGGCACCAGUUACAGGAGGUUGUAGAGUUGAAGGCUAUGUGCGUGUAAAGAAGGUUCCAGGAAACCUCGUUAUCUCAGCUCAUUCAGGAGCUCACUCGUUCGAUUCUUCUCAGAUGAACAUGUCGCAUGUGGUUACCCAUCUUUCAUUUGGGAGGAUGAUUGAUCCUAGGUUGUUAACCGAUAUGAAGCGCUCGUUGCCAUAUCUUGGCCAAAGCCAUGACAGGCUUGAUGAAAAAGCAUUCAUAAACCAACAUGAGUUUGGUGCUAAUGUUACUAUUGAACACUACCUACAAAUAGUUAAAACAGAGGUCAUUACAAGAAGAUACGGUCAAGAACAUUCAUUGAUAGAGGAACAUGAGUACACCGCUCACAGCAGCAUAACUCAGACUUACUACUUACCCGUUGCAAAGUUUCACUUUGAGCUCUCUCCCAUGCAGAUUCUAAUAACUGAAAAUCCAAAGUCGUUAUCGCACUUCAUCACAAAUCUAUGCGCCAUUAUUGGUGGUGUUUUCACGGUUGCGGGAAUAAUAGAUUCGAUUUUCCACAAUACGAUAAGACUGAUUAAGAAGGUUGAGCUUGGGGAAAACAUUUGAUUGGCUACUGGAGGUUAGAGUUUACCAUUAAUUCAUAAAACUAUAGAAGAACCUCGUGUUGUUUAUUUGGAACAGCUGUUCCUACAUAGAAAAACUCAGUAAAGAGAGAAGUUUUGUUUGAGAAUA